UCGACCAACGUUAAAAUAAUACUCAAUGGCUAAAUGGGGGACCUCUCCAUAAGUAAUAACAUGUAAAGUUUCGAAAUUAAUUGCACGAUCAGUUCUGGAUGGAUGAUUGGCCUUAAAAUUAUGCUCCUGACUGUAUUAUUGGUUGCUGUUUAUAUGCAUGUAGCAGUGCACCUUAGGGCACUAGUCCUUAGAAUUCCAGGAUUAGAAAGUAGCCCAAAGGAAUAAUUCUCUACAUGUCGUGAUAUAUGUAAAUCUUCCACAAAAUAUCCAGUCAUUUUUGGUUUUUUACCCGCAGCACAAAUCAGGCUUAGACUGUUACAUCUAGAUAAAUAAAGUCCUUACACAUUUAAAUAAUAAAAAUAACAACCUUAAUUAAAAUCACGCUAAUAACAUGGAUCCCGGGAUGAUUGCAUCAACCUGCGACGCAGCGAUCCAGGCGCUUAUAGCUCAAGUCGACCUCGUGAGAUCCGAAGUGACCACGACAGAUGAGAAACUUGAAGCACUCUCGUUAGAGAUUGCGGCACAAACGCAGAAAAAAUCGAGGCUAGAGGCCGAUAUUACAGCAAAACAAGAAAUCAUUAAGAGUUUAAAAUCCAUUCGUGGAGGUGCCCUAAGUGAUCUAUUUGGCAAACAGAUCAAUGUUGGCAUUUCUAAGGCAUCCUCGUCGGCCCAAGUUCCUCAACAAAUCGAACCGUCAGGAAUAAACCGAAUGCCUACAACUUCAAAGUCUGGAUUGGAGCAAUCUGCCGUAGCCACAAGGGACAAUAAUAGCGUGGCAAUAAUGGGGAACUCUUCAGCGUCGUUUUCGGGAGGGGUGAAUAUGGUGACCCAUCAUCAUCACUACUAUUUAUAGAUGUCAUACCUAUUUCGAGGAAAGACCUUCUCUGGGAAUGGGGGCAAGGAGUGGUGAUGAGUACCGUUCUUGAGGCUACAAAAGAUGAAAGACCCUCCACCAUUAAAGUUAUUCAUAUCGGUAACCGAAAAUUUUUGGACACGUUUGAAAACCUCAAAUUCUAUGCCACAUAAUAGGCCCAGCGAUUAAUUAUUAAUACCUUGGCCUACCAUGUGUCGCAUGGUAUUUGAGGUUUUAAAAAAUUUUUAAAAUUUUGUCCCCCAUUCAAAAAUAUCCUAAAUUUUUUGAUCGCCGACAUGAGUAACUUCAACGGUGUAGGGUAUUUCAUAUUUUAGAACUUCAACAAUAGUA